GCGAGUGUGAGCUGUCCAUCUAUUUCUAAAAAUGAGUGGCAGAGGUAAAACCGGAGGCAAGACCAGGGCGAAGGCAAAGACUCGCUCCUCCAGAGCAGGGCUGCAGUUCCCGGUAGGCCGUGUGCAUAGGCUUCUACGCAAAGGCAACUACGGCGAGCGCGUCGGUGCCGGUGCUCCGGUGUAUCUGGCCGCUGUGCUCGAGUAUCUGACGGCUGAGAUCCUGGAGCUGGCUGGAAACGCCGCCCGGGACAACAAGAAAACCCGUAUCAUCCCCCGUCACCUGCAGCUGGCGGUGCGUAACGACGAGGAGCUCAACAAACUUCUCGGCGGAGUGACCAUCGCUCAGGGCGGCGUGCUGCCCAACAUCCAGGCCGUGCUGCUGCCCAAGAAGACCGAGAAACCCGCCAAAACCAAAUAAGCAGAUUCGAGUCAGUUUCUGGAACCCAAAGGCUCUUUUAAGAGCCACCCACUUUCUCUUCCAAGGAGCGAUUUCUGUUCGUUUUCGUCAAUAGCCACAUAUUACACGUUUUAAUAUAGAAACUAUGA